AUGAGUGAAAGCGGCGACGAAAGUGAAAGUAACAUCAAUCUGUCAUCGAAAGAUGACAAAAUUGUCGACAAAAAAGGUAACACGAACUCCGUGAUAUGGAAGUGGUUUGGCUAUUUGAAAAGUGACGAGACGCAGAUUAAACCGAUCUGCAAAAUAUGUCGUCGGUCGGUGCCAACCAAGACUGGCAACACAACCAACCUCUUUCAUCACCUAAAAAAGUACCAUCCCAGCGACCACACUGAAAGCAUGAAAUUGCGAGCAGAUGCUGCUACUUCGACAACAAUUAAGGCUGGGGAAGGGGCUGUACCGAAGCAGAAAUCUGUCCUGUCGUCUUUUGCGGCCAUUACCACUUAUGAAAGUAGUUCCAAAAGGUGCAAGGAUAUAACAAGAGCAGUGUCUUACUUUAUUGAGAAAGAUAUGCUGCCCCUAAGCACAGUGGAGCAAGACGGGUUCAGGAAAUUAGUUAAAGUGCUUGACUGCAGGUACGAACUCCCAGGCAGAAAAUACUUUUCCAAAACAGCACUGCCUCAGCUUUAUGAAGAAUGCCGUGGAAAGCUGGAAAAUCAGCUAAGAAACGUCAGAUAUUUCUCCACUACCACCGACCUAUGGUCCAGCCGCACAUCUGAGCCAUAUAUGAGCCUCACUAUUCACUACAUCGAUGAGGAGUGGGCUCUUCAAAGUAGAUGCUUGCAGAUGGCAUAUUUUCCAGAUGACCAUACUGCCGAAAUACUCUCCGCGGGUCUGGAGGAUGCACUCGCGUCUUGGGGUCUUAGCGAGGACCGGCAGGUGUGCAUCACAACGGACAACGCAGCCAACAUUGUUAAGGCUGUUUCACUUAAUCACUGGACCCGCCUGCAGUGUUUCGGUCACCGAGGGAAGUAUGAGACACCAGAGAAUCCAAAGAGCCAUGGGGGUGUGCAAAAAAGUGGUCAGCGCUUUUUCCUUCUUGUGGAAAAAAAACGAGAACUAGCAGCCACUCAAGAGGAGCUCAAGCUUCCAAAGCACAAGUUGAUCACAGAAUCACCAACCAGGUGGGGGUCUCGCCAUGCAAUGAUAGCACGGGUGCUAGAGCAGGAGAAGGCCAUUUCAAAAGUUUUAUCAGCUGAUAAAAAAACAAGACACUUGGCUCCCUCAUGGCAGGACAUUGAUGUCCUGGAGUCUGUUUGUAAGGCUCUAAAUCCACUUGCUGACUUCACUAAUGCCCUUUCUGGUGAAGAAUAUGUAAGUGUGUCAUACCUGAAACCUGUACUGAAGCACUUCAAUGAGGAGGUCUUGAAACAUGUAGCUGAUGACUCAGAGCUCACCAAGACCAUCAAGUCUACUGUUAUCAACUAUCUGAAUGAGAAAUAUGGCGAUGCUCCCACUGAUGACCUUCUGAACAUAGCAUCCUUAGUUGAUCCACGUUUCAAGACACAAUACAUCAAAGAUGACAAGGUUGAGGAGGCUGUAAAGUCCAGAGCCAUGGCUCAGAUGCUGGAUGAAUGUCAGAAUCAGACCACUUCUCAAGCUACUCCUGCAUUACCAUCCACUUCAAAGGGAGGAGACGCUGCUACUGCCACACCAGACAAAUUGCAGAAGAAGACACUUGGCAGCUUUUUUAAGAAGUCCUACUCGGAGUCCCUUGCUGCCACAACAUCUGAUCUUACAGAACAGCAGGCUGUUGAGGCUGAACUGAACAGCUACCUGCAAGCUCCUUAUGCAGACAGCGAGACCAACCCCAUAGCAUGGUGGAAGAUUAAUUCAACAACAUACCCCAGACUGAGUCUCCUGGCAAAAAGAUACCUGUGUAUUCCUGCCACCAGCUCACCCUCAGAGCGUGCUUUUAGCACAGGUGGCAAUAUUGUGUCGUGCAACAGGGCAGCUUUAAAGCCAGAUGCGGUGGACAGACUUGUAUUUCUGGCCAAAAACCUGUAA